CUUACCUUCCUUAAUUUCUCUAAAGGGGCUGAGUUGGUUUCGCUGCUGCUUUUUAUAACAAUAUGUAGCUAGCUGUUCAUAGGCCCUGUUUUAAAGAAGGACAAGCCUGAACUCACCCUCCUGCCUCAGGGCCUGGGCUCCAUACCUGGGAGAAGACAAGUCUUCUACCUUCUAACAAGACGGACUUGAAGUUGGAGUAAAUCGCCUGGUUGAGUGACAGGUGUUUCCCAGCUGAGCCCUUGGGGAGAUUCUCCAGUUGGGCAGGACACCCGUCCCCAGAGGCUUGGUGGGCUGGACUUCUUUGGCCCAGUCCAAAAAUGAGGGGGCAGCUCCUUCCAGGAGAGGCAAAGUACUCUCACUUCUCCCUCCUUGGGUCUGUCUGUCUGUCCAUUCUUGGGAAUGGCCACUUCCUGUUCCUUUUCUUUCUCAUUCUAAGCCUCUCCUCAUUGUUCCCCUCUUCCCUCUCUACAGGAACUACUCAAAGCCUUGGUCUCUGUCCCUCUGUCUCUGGCUCUUGCAUCUGUCUGGGCUCCUGGCCUCUUCUCCCCCUCUCUCCCCCUCCCCCGCGCUGUCAUUCACCCGGCUCCUCUCAGCGUACAGCCAAUGGAGAGACCCGGCCGAAACUGCGAGGCUCGCUAGCACAGGGCUUUUUCGCCCGGUGAUUGAUGUCCCAGAGUCAACAGCGAGCAAGCAGCCGGAGAGGGGAAGGAGAAGCCGCAGAAGGGAAGAAUACGGAGCCCCUUCUCUCUCUCCCCUCCCCCCUACUUUAGCCCUUCUGCGCACUUCGUCUUCAAGUCUUCGGCGCAGCCAGGAGCCGCUGUUGCCUCCGCGCCCCCCUGCUUGCUGCCCCCCAUAACCAAGCGCAGCAAGCACCCGCCGCCCGGGCCCCCCCGUGGGGCCGGGGCCAGCAUGGAGCAUCUGGGUCCGCACCACCUCCACCCGGGCCACGCGGAGCCCAUCAGCUUCGGCAUUGACCAGAUCCUCAACAGCCCGGACCAAGGCGGCUGCAUGGGGCCGGCCUCUCGCCUCCAGGACGGAGAAUACGGCCUUGACGCGGGAUCUUACAGUGUCAACCUGAGGCUGAGCGCUGCCGGGGUGAUCCGGGUGCCAGCGCACAGGCCGCUAGCUGGAGCCGUGGCCCACCCCCAACCCCUGGCUACUGGCUUGCCCACUGUGCCCUCUGUGCCUGCCGUGCCGGGUGUCAACAACCUCACCGGCCUCACCUUCCCCUGGAUGGAGAGUAACCGCAGAUACACAAAGGACAGGUUCACAGGUCACCCCUACCAGAACCGGACGCCCCCCAAGAAGAAGAAGCCGCGCACGUCCUUCACGCGCCUGCAGAUCUGCGAGUUGGAGAAGCGUUUCCACCGCCAGAAGUACUUAGCCUCCGCGGAGCGCGCAGCUUUGGCCAAGGCGCUCAAAAUGACCGACGCUCAGGUCAAAACCUGGUUCCAGAACCGGCGGACGAAGUGGAGGCGACAGACCGCGGAGGAGCGUGAGGCCGAGAGGCAGCAGGCAAACCGCAUCCUCCUGCAGCUGCAGCAGGAGGCCUUCCAGAAGAGCCUGGCGCAGCCGCUGCCGGCUGACCCACUGUGUGUACACAACUCGUCGCUCUUCGCCCUGCAGAACUUGCAGCCUUGGUCUGACGACUCCACCAAGAUCACUAGCGUCACAUCUGUGGCGUCGGCGUGCGAGUGAGCCUGCACGCUUCACUCUGGGGGACCCCAGGCCGAGUUAAGGGCCUCUGAGGCCUCAGAGCCAGGACUCUCCCCCACCCCUCCCCGCCUCGGACUGCACGUGGGAGGGGAAAGCUGCUCCCCUUGCACCGGCCCCUAACGCUCCUGCCAACAUUGUUCCGGUCUUAAGUGGAAGAAAAGAGCGCUGGGGAUAGGGAUGGAGACCCCUACCCAGAAGCCUAUGCGAUCCCCCAGGUCACGUCCUCUGGAAAUGUUCAGAGUCCUCUCAGUGUUCCUUCAUUUCAUUUUAUUUCAAUUUUAACAUGGCAUGGAGAGAGACAGGGAGAUGGGUUUGGACGCAAGAGCUUCUGGGAUCUCCAGAUCUCUGAAUUUGCCCUGGGAAACCCCUCUUUGUCCCACUCCUCAUCAUACACUUGAAUAACCAUAGGCCCACAUAGAGGUGAUGUCACUAUCCCUCCAGGUACCACCCAAGAACCACACAUGAAGACUUAAGGCAGAGUGUCAUGCACACAAAGGGUCAUAGCCUUCACACUGUUGACCCUCACUAUUAGGUACAGGCCAAGGGUUGCCCAGAUUCAUCCUGAAUAGCAUGGCACUCUUUCUCAAAGAUACACAAAGCUACAGACACACAGUGACACACCAUUCCACACACAACAGCCUCACUGGGCCUAUUGGGCCCCCAACCUCACAUCCCAGCUUCACCCAGGUACGCACAGACAGGUUUUCACACAAACUCAGCCCAUUUCUCCAGAUCCUGUUUGUAGGGGGGUUUAAGUUAUGCACUUAAUAAGGUGUUUUCUGUGUAACCAUUUUAUAAAGUGCUUGUGUAAUUUAUGUGGAAAAAAAAUAAUAAAAC